AUGAAAUAUUUUACAAACACAGAAAAAGACACGGAGAGUGACGUUCUCACCAAGGCUAACAGCAAUUAUGAGCAGAAAAGCUACGGAGUUAGACGCACAGAAGCUCUGAAUAAGCAGUACGACGUGUGGUACGGUAAAGUCGCGGUUUUCUUCUCCAUCUUCCUGGUUGCAUACGCUUACGGUCUUGAUGGACAAAUUAGAAGCACUUACCAAUCGUAUGCUACAUCUUCGUACGCCCAACACUCGUUGCUUUCCACCGUGACCGUGGUGCGUUCGGUGGCAGCCUGUGUUGCCCAGCUAUUCUACGCCAGGCUUUCAGACAUAUUCGGUAGAAUCGAGCUGCUAUUUGUUGGAAUUCUGCUGUACGUAGUUGGUACGAUUAUCGAGUCUCAGGCAUACGAUGUCACCAGAUUUGCUGCGGGAGCAAUCCUGUACCAGUUCGGAUACUCUGGAGUCAUUGUGCUGUUGCAAAUCAUUUCCGCAGACUUUUCGAACAUGAACUGGAGGGUGCUCGCUUCCUUUGUUGCAGCGCUGCCGUUCGUGAUCAACACGUGGAUUUCCGGUAAUGUGACCGACUCGGUUUUGGCUUCGAGAACCUGGUCCUGGGGUAUUGGUAUGUGGGCCUUUAUUUUCCCGCUCGCCUGCAUUCCGCUGAUUCUCUGCUUCAUGCACAUGCACUACCUUGCUUACCGCAAUGGAGACAUUCACAGGCUUGAGGGAGUCACAGACUUCAAGAGGCUGGGCUUGAAGCGUUUCAUGAUUGAGACGUUUUUCUGGAAAGUUGACUUGGUUGGUCUGCUUUGUCUCAUGCUCAGUCUUGGUCUGAUUUUGACCCCGUUUACCCUGGCCGGAGGAUACAAGUCUGAGUGGCAGAAGGCCAAGGUGAUUGCUCCUCUGGUCAUUGGUUUCUGCCUGUUUCCAUUUUUCUUCCUUUGGGAAGCCAAGUACGCAAAACAUCCAUUCCUCGAGGCAAGGUAUAUGAAGGACGCAUCUGUGUGGGGAGCCCUGAUGAUUGCCAUUUACAUCGAUCUGGUUUGGUACAUGCAAGGUGAUUACUUGUACACUGUGUUAGUGGUUGCAUUCAACCAGUCCGUCAAGUCCGCUACUAGAAUUACAAGUCUCUACUCUUUCGUCUCGGUGAUCACGGGAACUAUCCUCGGAUUUGCUAUCGCGUUCAUCAGAAGACUGAAGGCUUUCAUUAUCUUUGGUAUUUCGAUGUGGUUUAUUGCCCUGGGAUUGAUGAUCAAAUACAGAGGCGGAGACGGCUCCAAGGACGGUUUGAUUGGGGCCCAAUGUCUGCUAGGCUUCGGUGCAGGUUUCUUCACCUAUGUUACUCAGGCUUCCAUUCAGACUGUCGCAGACCACGAGCAUAUGGCUACGCUGUUAUCUUUGUACCUCUGUCUUUACUAUGUCGGCUCAGCUCUGGGUGGCUCCAUUUCUGGAGCUGUCUGGACCCAGAUCUUACCAAAGGAAAUCAACAAGCGAAUCUCCAACGCCACCGAGGCAGCCCUUGCCUAUGGAUCUCCGUUGACUUGGAUCUAUGAGCAUCCUUGGGGAAGUCCCGAGAGAAUGGCUUUGGUCGCCUCUUACAAACAUGUCCAGAGGAUCCUGGUCGCUAUUGGUCUCGCUUUCUGUGGUCCACUGCUAUCCUUUGCGUUCCUCCUGAAAGAUCCUAAGCUCGAGAGCGUUCAGAGUUUGAAGGAUGCUCAUCCUGAGGUCAGCGAAGAGGAGGAGGUUGAGAGCCAGAAGAUCACAGCCUGA